ACUUACAGAGAACCCCGGCUAAUUGCUAAUUUUCAUGGAGUCAAAAUAACUCUUCAUAUACCCUCAUUCAUGAUGCAUGCAAAUUUUACUCUUCGUGCCUUACAUAUGAAUUUCGAUCACAUCAGUGAAAAUGCUAAAAGCUUCUCUCAAGAAAUCUUAAGGCCUCCUGAUACUAAGAGUGCUGGUGUACAAGAUUUAACCAAUUGUAUGGCUAAUGAAUGGUUAAUGCAAUUAGAAAUACAAAAUCGAGUUCGAAAUGAAUUGAUAGCAAAACGGCAGGAAUAUGAAGACAAAUUAAUACUCUUUGAACAACAGGAGGAGAAGAAAUGUAAACAGAAAGAUGAAAAUAAAAAGGGAGUUUCCAAAAGUAAGAAACCAAAAAUAGCAAAACCGACUUACGAACCUCCCAGUAUAGAAGAUGAUAUGUUUCCCGAUAUUACGGAGCUCUUUUUGAAAGAAGAACAAAAACAAUAUGAAGAUUUUAUUAAUAGUAUAUAUAAUCCCAAAUUCCUGGAUUUAGAAGCAGGCGAGAUAAAUCUUAAGCAAUAUUUCAUCUUGGGUGGCAUCUAUCAAUUGUAUGAAGUUCAGAAACCUCAACAUUUUGAUUUCAAUAGUUUCAACAUGUCCUGGCACUAUAAUAAUUCAAAAUUAGUGAUAGAUGAAAAUGUUCAUAUACCAUUAUAUGCACAAUUAUACCAAAGACAUUCUAGAGUUUUCAAAAGUUUAACAGAAAGAUCGCUUUCCUUGAAACUAGACGAGUUUAAAGAUACUGAUCCUCACUGUCCCUGGUUUGUUUUAACUAUACAAUUGCCAGAACAUCUUUGUUAUUGGGGUAAACCUGUAGUGUGCCAUUAUGAAACCGUAACGAAAUUUAUUCAAAACCCGGUCAUUCCUAUAGAAAUAAAUAAAGCCUCUAAAAAGUUGUCGCGGCCACAAAUUCCAACAGCGCAAACGUUAAAUUUGGUCACAAAGCCGGUUACAAAACAUUUACCUUUUCUUAAACCCCAAAAAGGAGGCUUAAGCGAUUCUAUAUUGAAGUUACAGCAUCCCUCACAAGAAAGUUUUUUCAGGACCUCUCUUUCCAAUGUACGUUUAGCUGGUAAAGAUUGGAAUAAACAAAAUUGUGCUCGUGGCUUUGAAGGGGUUUUAAAUAUUCAUGACUUCCCUAUAACUACCGCGCUCAAUAAAUCCCAAAUAAGACAUAUGCACAGAUAUAUAUUACCACGAAUGAUUUCCUCAUUAAAAUUUCCCAAAGAAAUACAAGAAGAUGAAUUGAAAGCGAGUCAGCAUAGAAGUAAAAGUAAAGCAGGCCUAUUGAAACGAAAGCGUUCUGAUGUUAACCGGGAAGCAAGCGCUGAAAAUAAACAUAUAUUUACGUUCGGUCCCAUGCAAAGUAAUCCGGAGCGAAUAAUUGCUAUUUUUCCUCCAGAUGAACCGAUACGCAUAAUAAAACAUGAUGCAACUGAAGAAACGGCUACUGACUCUAUUAAAAAAUCAAUAUCGUUUGUCCAAUUAGUAAAACUAAUAAAUAGUAUUAAAUGGCUGUAUAAAUUAAGAGUGCGUAAAAUAAUGGAUCUUAAAUCUUUCAAAUCAAAAUUUCCCAUUACCAAUAAACGUCGAGAAGAUUUGAGAAAAUCUAAAUUAAAACCCUCUGUUUCUAUGUCUUCUUUACAUACGGCCAAUCUAUCUAGGAGUGGACUGCACACAAUCAAACCUUUCGAAUCCAACACUGUAAAUAUGAUUUUGAAUGACUCCAGUUCGGAAUUACAUAUAACAGAGUGCGAGCAGGAAGAUCUUCAAACCUGUACUUAUUCGCAUUGGACCACUGAGCAUAUUUUGAAAUCGGAAUAUAAUAGAGAGAAGCGAACGGUUGUCCUACAUACUAAUAGAUUGGGCUACUUUGGUUUUGCAUUUAAACGAUAUGAACAUUUUCCCUUCAAAUUUUGGAAAUUAGAACCCGAUAUAAAUGAUCCAGAAAAUAAAAUAAUCUUCACUCUGGACACUCAAUAUGUUCGAUGUGUUCUGUACAUUACCGAUAAGGGUAUUAAAGGUCAUGUUACUGAGCCAACUACGAAAUUUAAAAGAAAUCCUAAAAUGUAUUUGGUCAUAGAAGAAGCCGUGGAUGAUCUCAAGGAAUUCAAGAAAAUAUUUAAAGAAAAAUAUCUAAAUAUUUUUGCCGAUAAAGAUGCCUGCUUUUAUAUAGAAAAUGGUUACUUUUCCGAAAAACAUUUAUCAACUGAACUGCACAUAUACAAUUGUAUGGCUGUAAAUUGCACCCAAAUGAAAUUUAGUUUCUCCCCAUGGAAUCGAUUGGCCCAAAGACGUGAUAUUAUUUUAAAUAUUUUACAAUAUCAGGAUUCCGAUGACAAUACUGAAGAAGUGCGUAUAACCCCAGAAGAAGCUUAUUUUGUGGAAACAUCAGAAUUAUGUUCCGACAACAUAGAUACUAUAAAAUUGCACUAUAAUUUAACUUGGAGAAAUAUCAAUACUUAUAGUGAUUUGCAUCAUUUGAUAAAUUCCAUGUAUCCAGCCGCCAAUGAAAGGAGAUGCAAAAAUGCCAAUUUGUUAACCUAUCUAAAAAAUUUACUUUACGAAAUAAGACCUUUAAGUUUUUCCUAA